AUGAUCCCCGGGGCCUGGACACUGGAGGUGGAAACAGGGCAAGCCCAGGACCUCCACAUCCAGCCCAGGACCUCCACAUUCAGCCCAGACCCUCCACAUCCAGCCCAGGACCUCCACAUUCAGCCCAGGACCUCCACAUCCAGCCCAGGACCUCCACAUCCAGCCCAGGACCUCCACAUUCAGCCCAGGACCUCCACAUUCAGCCCAGGACCUCCACAUUCAGCCCAGACCCUCCACAUCCAGCCCAGGACCUCCACAUCCAGCCCAGGACCUCCACAUCCAGCCCAGGACCUCCACAUUCAGCCCAGGACCUCCACAUCCAGCCCAGGACCUCCACAUCCAGCCCAGGACCUCCACAUCCAGCCCAGGACCUCCACAUCCAGCAGGUUCACCUCCAAGAUCGUCUGA